UAAUACAAUUUGGUUUACGUGUAGUUAGAGAUAUUUUCUUUAAAGCUUCGUUGUGACUUUGGAAAUAAUCCAUUGUGAUGUUAUUAAUGAAAAUGUGUUUGAUAAUAAAUUGUUUCUCUAUUGUGAAAGCUAUUCGCUGGGGUAGUGGAAAUUUUAUAAGUUCCUGAAUGUGCGAAGAAAACUUGUUGGUCUAUGCUGGAAUGUUUGUUUGAUAUCUAUCUAAACAAACGUGAUUCAACGCAAGAUUUGAUUUGCAGUUGCAUCGGUUAACUGAUUCUGUGUUUAGGGUAUAUAUUUUUUAGUUUUUAUUAUAAUGGUUAUUGAAGAAGUGUAAGUGUAUAAGUUUUGGAUUGUGACAUUUAUGGACGAUUUAAGUGGAUUACUUAAAAGGACUCUGGCUGGUAGCUGACCCGCGCACGCCAUCGUGAGCGAUCGCCGGAGCUGAGGCGGCCCGCCGGCAUGGGGCCCCACUGACCGACCCCGGCGCCAUGUCGAGCCGGACGCGCAGGCCCCACGAUGGGGACAGCCACUCGGCGUGCGCCACGCCGGCCAGCCAGCGCAAGAGGGGGCUGGCGCGCUUCUCGCUGCGCAGGCUGCUGCACGCCAGCCCGCUGGUGGCGCGUCGCGCGGCCCGCGGCGCGCCGCCCCCCGCCAAGAGCCCCGCCCCCGCCGCCCCCGCCGCCCCCGCCGCCCCAGGCCCGAGUGACGGCCGAGGCGGCGCCGGCGGGGGGCCGUCCAGGGACCUGGAGCACGGCGACGCCCCUCGCCCGACCGGGGGCCUCGCCGCGGCCGCCACCCCGCCUCCGGAGGACCUGCCCCGCGCCGCCAGCAAGGCGUCCGUGUUCGCCGCCAACGCCGGCAAGAGCGGGGAGGAAGGCCUGGCGGAGUGCCCCCUCUGCCUGCUGGAGCUGCCGCUCGAGUGCUUCCCGGAGCUGUCGACGUGCGGCCACUGCUCCUGCUACGACUGCUUCCAACAGUACCUGCGCAUCGAGAUCUCCGAGUCUCGGGUCGGCAUCACCUGCCCGGAGUGUUCUGAACUCAUGCAUCCCAAUGACAUCCGUAUGAUCCUCAAUGAUAAGACUCACUACGAGAAGUAUGAAGACUUCAUGGUGCGUCGAGUUCUAGCUGUCGAUCCUGACACCCGCUGGUGCCCAGCACCUGACUGCAGUUUUGCUGUGAUAGCAGCUGGAUGUGCCAGCUGCCCCAAGAUUAAGUGCGAGCGGCCAGGUUGCGACUCGUACUUCUGCUACCAUUGCAAAGCAGAAUGGCAUCCCAACCAGACGUGUGAUGCAGCCCGCGCUCAACGCUCCCCCAACAUUCGCUCAUCAUCGAUCAGCUUCAGCCAAGACUCACAGCAUCGUGACGACAUAAAGCCGUGCCCACGCUGCCAAGUGUUGAUAGUGAAGAUGGACGAUGGCUCCUGUAACCACAUGACGUGUGCGGUCUGUGGUGCAGAAUUCUGCUGGCUGUGCAUGAAGGAGAUCAGCGAUCUGCAUUACCUCAGUCCAUCGGGAUGUACAUUCUGGGGAAAGAAGCCAUGGUCUCGUAAGAAGAAGAUCCUAUGGCAGCUUGGGACGCUGGUUGGUGCGCCAGUUGGUAUUGGCCUAGUGGCAGGCAUAGCUGUUCCUGCUAUGAUCAUUGGUAUUCCUGUUUGGGUUGGGAGGAAAUUGUACUCUCGCUACGAAUUUGCCAACAAGCACAAACGAAACUUAGCCAUUGCGGGUGGAGUCACAGCUUCUGUGUUAGUCUCUCCAGUGCUAGCGGGUCUUGCAGUUGGCAUAGGAGUACCGAUCCUUCUCUUCUACGUUUACGGAGUGGUUCCAGUAUCCUUAUGUCGUUCCGGUGGCUGUGGGGUGUCCACAUCUGGUGCUGGAGUGCGUUUUGAAUUUGACGAUGAGAACGACUUGCUGGGAGUCCUGGGCGCUAGAAAUACUGAUGCAGUGUCCAUGGAUGCAGUGAGCCACCGAGGUGCCAACCCUUCCAUAGGGGAGGUGUCUCUGUCGCUGGGUAGUGGGAGCCAGUUGGAGCGUCUCGGCCGCGAGAACGACCGGGAGUCGGCCAGUAACGUCGCCCUGGCCGGGGCAAGCAUUGCUGGCAGUAUCACGUCCAGCGUGGUGCCUGGCGGACAGAGGCUGGAGGUGCAGGCGGACGUGGCCUCCACCCAGCGCUUCAGCAUGAGCAGCGAGACAGCCAGCGCUGCCACCAGCCUCUCCGAGAAGUCGGUCUCAGUGUCCAUGGCGGACGACGGGGCGGCCUCCACCCGGGCUCUCGCCGGCUCCGUGCUCAACUUCAAGGUGGACUCGAGCGCCGAGGUGCAUGCGGACGACGAGGCCGCCGGCCCGGCCUCGCUCAGCUCGCUGGAGGAGCUGUCCUCGGGGCACGCGAGGCGGGGUCGCCGCCGCCCGCCGCUGGACAGACAGGCCAGCGAGAGCAGCAGCUGGACCACGGGAGGCGAGGACGGGGGCUCGGAGAGAGUGAGGUUCGACGACCACGUGAGCUUCAUCGAGACGUGCAGCGGGCGCUGGCGAGGCCAGUCGCCGUGCGGGGAGAACCUGUCGGGCGACGACGACGCAGCAGACGACCGGAGCCGGUCCAGCUCGUCGUCGCUGCGCAGCGUGUUCUUCCACUCGUCGUCGGUGGACGGCAAGAGGCUGGCCAAGCACCGCAAGCCCGGCGAGGGCGCCGGCACCUCCGCGGACGGGGAGCCCCAGAGCUCGGCUCGACAGACGCCCACGCUGCCCGUCAUACCGGAGCCCUCCGGCGACCAAACCAGGAUCCAGAUACCUUGCGAACACGUGUAGUCUUGCUUGUGCGUGUGUCAGCUCUUACUCUAAAUCAGCAGUCUCAUUUUCUCAUGUUGAGUUUUACACAGCAGCGUAAAUUUUUGUUCAUGAAUGUCUGUUAAAAAAAUUUCAAACUCAAAUUGCAACAAAAUUUGUAUUUGUUUUGUUAUAAUUUAUAUGUUGUGAGUAGUUUUAAAAUGAUACAUUCAAAAAUUUUCCUAAGAGUAUUGAUUUAAUUUUUUUAAUGAAUGAAAUUUUUUUAGUUUAUUAAAUGUGUUUGUUACACUUUUGGCUAUGUUUAUGUCUUGGUUUAGUUUUGGUUUAUGAAAUGGUAUUUAUUGGAAAUGUGUAAAAUGGUUCUGAAAUCUAAAAAAAUUGUUUUAAUAUUUAGGUUUUUUUUUAUAUAUAAAAAGUUUGGUGAUGCAACUUUGGUGAUAUACUAAACUAGCUGCAGGUGACAAUAAGUUUUAAUGCAACAUGGUUGAUUUUUUAAAAGACUUUUGAUACAAGACUGAAUUAUGCUUCAGUGUGUCAGCAUCGUCAAUAUAUUAAGUGUGUAGUUCAUCAUUUUGGGAAACUACAUUUAAUUUUGUUCCUAUCUUUAAUUGGAUGCUUGUGGAAAGUAAAUAUUCGGGAGAUAGCUUCUGUUUUUGUGGGAAAAAUCUGACUGAAUUUUUUUAUUACUACAUAUCACUUGAAUCAUUGUUCAAGUAGGCAAGAUAUUAGCUUCUUUGUGCUUGAUGUGCCAAAAACCAUGAUGAAAUAAGUAUGCCGUAAUGAUGUGUAUGUAAAUGUAUGAUAUACAACAGUCACAGUAAAAUAAAAUACAUAAAGUUUUUGCAUGCAUACAGAUUCACACGCCUGUUUGAUGUUCCUUAAAAAUUGUUGGUAGGGAAGUGGCAAUUUCCAUAGUAUUUUCAUAACUUUGAAAACUUUAAAAUAAACCAACAUUAUAAACCAGUUUUUUUUUUUUUACUGUAUAUGUAAUAAAUGCCUUUGAAGGCAAAUCAUUCUGUUGUAUGUUGUUCUCGGAAUUUUAUUUUCUCCCACAAUAUCUUAGGUUUGCUGUUACUUUCAAUAUUAUGCCAGGCAUAAAUUUGUACUAAAUGUGUCUGAUAUUUAAGAAAAUAAUAAUUUUUUUUUAACUAACUUACCUUAUUUUCUUUAUUUGAAUUUAUUAUUUAAAGUCCAGUACAUAAAAAUUUAUCAUGUGUUGUAAGUCAUGGUUAUAAAUGGAUAACACAACUCACACACCCACACUAGUGCAAGUCUCCUCACAGGUGAAAACCUUAGUGAACCAACAUCUGCUUCAAACAGAAAGAUUGAGUGUAUUCUGUGCUUCCUAAAUGUUUUAAAUACAGUACAGUAUUAUAAAGUUGAUUGUAUUUUACAAAAAAAAAUUGUAGUUUUAAGGCACUGGCAAAAUAUGUAAUAAUUAGUUUGUAAAUAUUUGUAUUUUGUUGAAAAAAUUAAUUUUCAAACAGUUUUUUUUAAGCAUAAACAAAAUGUACAAUGCUAAAAAAAAAAAAAAAACUUACUAAAAUACUGUGUUUUUGCUUUUGUGCUGUAUCAGAAAAUUAAAUGUGUUGGGAAUGAUACAAAAA